CCCUGCGGACAGGCCCGGCAGCCGCCGCAGUAGCGGCAGCGACAGAGGUACAGGUGCCUCUGCCAGGCGACAGCCGCCUGCCAGCCCGCCGGCCCUGGCACCAGGCCUUCACGCCCCUCUCCCGCCUCACACACCGGCCUCCCCACCGCCCGGCCAAAUGCAGGCCGUCGCCCUCCCCGAGGAGAUCCGUUGGCUCAUGGAAGAUGCUGAGGAGUUUUUGGGGGAAGGUUUGCGGAAUGAAAAUCUUAGUGCUACUGCGAGGGACCACAGAGACCACAUUCUACGGGGCUUCCAGCAAGUCAAAACUAGGUACUAUUGGGAUAUUCAGCCCCAAGGGGGAGACCAAGCUGAAAGUUACCUUGGGCAGGACAGCUCUGAUGAUAAUCAGAGUGGAACUCACGGCCCUUCUCUCAUAUCGGAUGCACCUUUUCUGCCUGAUUAUCAGGAUGAGGGAGUGGAAGACCUCCUAAAAGGAGCUCAAGAGCUUGAUAACAUCAUCAAGCAAGGAUACUUGGAGAAGAAAAGCAAAGAUCACAGUUUCUUCGGAUCGGAGUGGCAGAAGCGGUGGUGUGUUGUCAGCAGAGGCCUCUUCUACUACUACGCUAAUGAGAAAAGCAAACAGCCCAAGGGGACCUUUCUCAUUAAAGGCUACAGUGUACGGAUGGCCCCCUACCUGCGAAAAGAUUCCAAGAAAGAAUCCUGCUUUGAACUGACCUCCCAGGAUAGGCGAAGCUAUGAGUUUACAGCUGCCAAUCCAGCCGAAGCCAGGGACUGGGUGGAUCAGAUCAGUUUCUUGUUAAAGGAUCUGAGCUCCUUAACCAUUCCGUGUGAAGAGGAGGAGGAAGAAGAGGAAGAGGAAGAGACAUAUGAUGAUAUUGAUGGUUUUGAUGCCCCAAAUUCUGGUUCCCAAUGCAGACCUGUCAUCUUGCCUGGGAGUGCGGGGCUAAAAGAGCCCACAAAGGAGAGAGAAGAAGAUAUUUAUGAAGUCUUACCAGAAGAAGAGCGUGACCUAGAAGAGGAUGAGAACGGCACUCUACAUAAAGGAGUGGACUAUACCAAUUAUUACCAGGGCCUAUGGGAUUGCCAUGGUGACCAGCCAGACGAACUGUCCUUCCAAAGGGGUGACCUCAUCCGCAUUCUGAGCAAGGAGUAUAACGUGUAUGGCUGGUGGGUUGGAGAACUGAACAGCCUCAUCGGUAUUGUUCCAAAGGAGUAUCUCACCACUGCCUUUGAAAUGGAAGAAAUAUGAAGCCCAGGACACAUAUCCUUUUCUCUGGCCUGCCGUUAUGAAGAAAACAAUCAUCAGGAGUCUCUAUUCCCUACCCCAGCCACCCCACCAAUACCACAGACUCUUCUCUUGACUGAAGAGACCCAAGCCUCUGACACCUGGUAGUCACUGAAAACCGCCAGUGAGACGAGUAGGAAAAGGCAUAGUCAGCAGAUCUGUUAAUACACCUGCCUUGUCAUAGCUCAUCCCACCUUUUUUUUUUUUU